AUGCUGACGACGAGGUCGUCGUCGUCGAAUGACCGGCUCGCGAUCAUCGACGAUCCGCAAAAUCUCAGACAGACGCCAAUGAAGAUUCGUCAAGUCUCGCGUCUUCUCGACGGACCCGAGAGAAUUCGAGAAAGUGUGCAGGUCGCGAAACCGCUAAAAGGUCCGCAGGAGGAGUUCAUCAAAACCGUCUACGAUGUGCUUCAGCGAGCCUCGCAAAUGCAUCCCGACGGCGCCGCGUUCGGCGAGUCCGCCAAUGGCGAAUUCCGGUGGGCGACGUUCAAGGAGACGAUGGACGAGGUGCGGAUCAUCGGAUCGGCGAUCGAGCGCCUCCGCGGCACCACCAAACUCAUCGGCAUCGCCGGCAUCCAAUCGAUUCGAUAUAUGAAUUGUAUUCACGCGAUCUCGGCGUUCGGUUUGACGGCGGUCCCGUUGUAUCACAACUCGAAAUUGGAUACACUUUGCGACAUCGUGGCCAGCUGCCAACUCGAGCUGAUAUUUUUCGAUUGCAAAUCGCGAGCCGACUCGUUUUUGGCGGCGCGCGACCGCGGUGACCCUCGUCUGGUGAGCCUACGAUCGGUGAUCGUACUCGAGCGCGUCGACGAAACGCCGACAAACUGCGACGCGGCGGUGAACGUGCUCAACUAUGAGAAAUUGCGAAACAUCGGCGUUGAUGAUUUGCGCGAAGUGCCGAAACCCGAUCCGGAAUCGAUUUAUGUGAUUUGUCAUACCAGCGGAACGACGGGAAAACCGAAAGGCGUCGAAAUGUCGCAUCGAGCGCUCGUCGCCGUUGUUUCCGGCGUCGCAACAUCAUGGACAGUGGCACAUGACUGGAAAUUCGGACAAGACGACGUCUAUUUUAGUUUUUUGUCGCUCGCGCACAUUUAUGAGCAUCUCAUGCAGACGCUCACCCUCUAUUUCGGCGGUCGCAUCGGAAUCUACGACGGCAACGUGUCGACGCUGGUGCCGCAAAUUCAGGCCCUUCAGCCGACGAUCAUCUCGCUGGUCCCGCGACUCCUCAACAAAUUGUACGAGAGCGUCCACACUCAAAUGGCGAAAAAGAAUAUCAUUGCGCGAAAAUUGUUUGAUUACGCGAAAAAAACCAAAAUCCGACAACUCGAAGCCGGCGUUUUGAGCUACGAUAGUCUCAUCGACAAAUUUGUGCUCAAAAACCUCAAAAAAUUGAUUGGCGGACGAGCGAAGGUGCUCACCACCGGCGGCGCGCCACUCACCAAAGAAGUCAAACAAUUCUCGCGAUUCGCCUAUGGAUGCCCGCUAAUUGAGGGGUAUGGUCAAACCGAAUGCGGAGCCGGCGGGACCCUCACUCUACCAUGGGACACCACGUAUGGCAAUGUUGGCGGACCAUCACCAUGGGCUCAGGUCAAACUCGUUGAUGUGCCCGAAAAAGGCUACUUUGCGCAGAAUGAUGAAGGCGAGGUGUGUUUCCGCGGCGCCGCCCUCAUGACCGGCUAUUUCCAAGACGUCGAGUUGACGCGCGCGACCAUCGACGAGCACGGCUGGCUGCACACCGGCGACAUUGGGCGUUGGCUCGACAACGGUGCGUUGCAGAUCGUCGACCGAAAGAAUGAGAUGUUCAAAAUGUCGCAGGGCGAUUUCGUCUCGCCGAUUCAGAUCGAGGCCAUCUACACGAAUUCGCCGCUCGUCAUACAGAUGUUCGUGACCGGCUCGACGGAGCGCUCAUUCCUCGUCGGCAUCGCGGUCGUCGAUCGAUGUCGUUUUCAAGAUUUCAAACGGGACCACGCGGGGGUGGUGAAGCGCCUUGGCAACGACGACGACGACGACGAGAAAUUGCUGGCAACUGGCGAGAUUCGCGAGAUAUUCCUCAAAGAACUCAACGAGUUUGGACGAACGUGCGGAUUGCAGACGAUUGAGCUCGUGAAAAACAUUCGGCUAACGUUGCAGGAAUUCACCGAAGAGAAUGGCCUUGUGACGUCGACGCUGAAAAAUCGGCGAAAAAUUCUGCAAAAACAUUUUGAGAGGGAAAUUGCCGAAAUGUACUCGGAGAUUGGCACAUUGUGA